AUGGGGAAGAAAGAAGGGGAAAAUCAAACGUCCAUCGUGGAAUUCAUCCUGCUGGGAUUCGGGGAUCUUCCUGGGUUGCAAAUCCUGCUCUUCUCACUGUUUCUAGGGGUCUACAUCGUCACGAUGGCGGCGAACUCUCUCAUUGUAGCAUUAGUGGUGGCCGAUCGGGACCUUCAUACCCCCAUGUACUUCUUCUUGGGGAAUUUAUCCUGCUUGGAGAUCUGCUACACCUCCACCAUCCUGCCCAGGCUACUGGGAAGUUUCCUGACUGGGGACAGGACCAUUUCUCUGACUGGCUGCAUGGUUCAGUUUUAUUGGUUCGGUUUCUUAGCAACUGCCGAAUGUUACCUAUUGGCUGUGAUGUCCUAUGAUCGGUACUUGGCGAUCUGCAAACCGUUGCACUAUGGAAAUGUUAUGACUGGCAGGUUCUGCUUGCAACUAGCAAGUGGAUCGUGGCUAGGUUCUCUCCUAGUCCUUGCCAUACUGAUAUCGUUUAUGUCACUAUUGGCCUUCUGUGGCCCGAAUGAAAUUGAUCAUUUCUUUUGUGACCUCACCCCUGUCAUUCAACUCUCCUGCACCGACACGGGUCUGGUGACCAGGACAACUCUCAUCUUCUCCUCCAUCAACAUCCUUCUCCCAUUUCUGUUGACCCUGGCCUCUUACGUUUGCAUCAUCUCUACCAUCCUGAGAAUCCCUUCCACUGCGGGGAAGCAAAAGGCCUUUUCCACCUGCUCCUCCCACCUCACCGUGGUUACAGUUUUCUAUGGGACCCUAAUAACUGUCUACAUGUUACCCAACACCGGGGCACUCAGAGCACCAAGCAAAGUGUUUUCCGUCUUCUACACCAUCCUGACCCCCCUGAUCAACCCCCUCGUCUACAGCCUGAGAAACCAAGACGUGAAGCAGGCCAUUCAGAGGGCUCUGCAGAAAUGUCAGGUAUUUCCAGGAACUCAGGGGAUUUGA